AUGCCUCACGAUGGCUGGCGUUUGUUCCUGCCAUUUGUGAUCGACAUGUACAAACAAAACGUCACCACCGUCACUCAGGAGGGACUGGUGACAUGGUUCCGACCACAGCCUAUCGGGGCCUGUGAUGGCGGCAAUACAACGAUUAACACUGCGAGCCAGCUUGAGAUAGAAUUCGAGCCUGCCAGUGUACUGACCGAUGAGAUCUUUUUCUCUGCCCUCCUCGGAUCCAGUGCCGACAUCUCCAUCACUGUUGGUGGCAGCCCCUUGAGCGGAGUAACAUGGAUGCACAAGCCCAGUGGUGGAGUGGGCAUCUACCAUGGCAGAGCAACUUAUACUGGCACAGGCGCCGUCGUGGUGACCAUCAGUCGCAACGGUGAAACCAUUGCCGAGGUCACUGAAGGUUCCAUCUCCGCCACAUGUAAUGACGGCUUUCAAAAUUGGAACGCGUGGGUUGGAAGUGCCUCCUCUAGCAAUACUGUCUCGGCCAAACCUCCCUCCCUCUCCAAUGACACUUGUGUCGAAGGCACGGGUACUGGUAAUUUUGCCGGACUAUGCGAAUACUCAUGUCAAUACGGCUACUGCCCCGUCGGCGCCUGUUACUGUACCAAAAUGGGCCCUGCUGCCACCCUUCCCAACGCUACAAACACCAUCGGAUACCCUGCGGCUGGCGAGGAUGCCAAUUAUAGUGGCUUGUGUAGCUUCGACUGCAAUUACGGGUACUGUCCUGACGGUGCGUGCGGCACAGUUGACGUGCCCUUGUCUACUCCCACCAGCUCACCCUUCACCCCCUCCGCUUGUGUGGCAGGUGAAGGAGAGGGUGGCUUGGCUGGCUUGUGUUCGUAUGCUUGCAAUUAUGGCUACUGCCCCAUCAACUCGUGCACGUGUACAGCAGAGGGUGUCUUAAUUGACGCCCCGGCGGCAAAUUCCAGUCUUACGGGGGUACCCGCAGAUAAUGUUGACUACAACAAGUACCAUGGACUGUGCGAUUUUGCCUGCAGUCGAGGAUACUGCCCAGAGGGAGCCUGUGUUCUGUCCUCUAAUGCAGGAUCUAGCUCCUCUAGUGUGGGCCAUGAUUCGGGCUCCUCUUCCUCAAGUACAUCGAAUGCGACCGUGGUCUACAUCGAUUCCGGCGUGUGGCUCAAUCCAGAUGCCUCGUGCGAGAUGCCUUGCACCAUGGUGCUGCCCGACAUUACUCUCACGACGACCACGACUAUCACGCGGCCUCCGUAUACGACAACAGUGGAAGUCCAGUGGACAACCACCAGUGUGGUGACUCAGGACGACGGCGAUAUUUCCACUGUCACCAGAACCAGCAAGGUGGCUGAAUCUACCGUGGUCUCCCUUCCUCUUAUCACCACCACCGGCUUUCCGGUUUCGAACUUGGUACUUCACACGGGUGGUACUUACCUCCCCACGCCGCGACUCCCUCCAACGACGGUGACAAUUGACGAUGACCCUAACCCCCUUGACGAGCCUGGUGUCACCCAUACUCCCAGGAAUCGCACGAUAAUCAUCCCCCCAUAUCCCUGGGAUACCUCCGUGUAUGGCAGCAGCUCAAGUAGCGACGAUGAUCUCGUCCUUCCUAAGCCUCCAUCGAUCGUUAUCACCGACGGGCCUACCAGUCCUAAGUGCCCAGGUAAAUGCAGCGGCACAGUAUGCAACGAUCUUUUCUGUAACUGCUCCUGGGACUGUCCGCAUACAGGCUACUCUUACGAUAGCGAUACCAGCUCGGGGACGAACAGCGACGGCGACGGCGACACCAACGGCGACGGCUCCGAUGGUGAUUCCGGGAGCUCCUCUGGCAGUAGCACAAACAAGCCAGGAUCUGAUAACAACGGUGAUGACACCAGUAGCUCGGGCUCUUCCAGUGGCAGCAGUGUUAACAAUGGCCCGGACCCCAACGCGGGCAACGACGACACAAACGAAAAAACAAACCGCGACGGAGACUUCAACCUCAUGUACCCGGCAAACCGUCACUGA